AUGAUCCGGCUGGGCGGCUGGUGUGCGCGGCGGCCCCGCGGCACGGCGACCCCGGCGGGGCGGCGCUGGCAGUCCGGGGGCCCGGCGGGCCAGGGGCGCAGCCGCGCCCUGCGGGUGCUGGUGGACAUGGACGGCGUGCUCGCCGAUUUCGAAGGCGGUUUCCUCAGGAAGUUCCGCGCGCGUUUCCCCGACCUGCCCUUCAUCGCGCUGGAGGACCGGCGCGGCUUCUGGGUGUCAGAACAGUACCGCAGCCUGGGGCCCGAGCUGAGGGAGAAAGCCAUCAGCAUUUGGGAAUCGAAGAAUUUCUUUUUUGACCUUGAGCCUCUCCCAGGGGCUGUGGAGGCUCUGAAGCAGAUGGCCAGUCUGGAGAACACUGAUGUCUUCAUCUGUACGAGCCCCAUCAAGAAGUACAAGUACUGUCCGUAUGAGAAGUAUGCCUGGGUGGAGAAGCACUUUGGUUCUGACUUUCUGGAGCACAUCGUGCUGACCAGAGACAAGACUGUGGUCUCUGCUGACCUUCUCAUAGACGACCGGCUGGACAUCACAGGGGCCGAGCCCAACCCCAACUGGGAGCACAUCCUCUUCACAUCAUGCCACAACCGGCACGUGCAGCUGCAGCCCCCCAGCCGCAGACUGCAAUCCUGGACGGAUGACUGGAAGGCUAUUCUGGACAGCAAGCGGCUCCGCUGAACUGUACUGUGUUCUGGGCUCCCCCUCGGAGCCUGUGACCUCAGGGCUCCCAGUGCUGGCCUGGGGAGCUAGUGAUUUGGCCUGGAGGCUCCUCCUCAGACCUCCAGGCCCCUGUCUGGUCUUAACUGAUCUUGGAGCAGAGCUGGCCUCAGGACCUUGGACAGUUCACGUGAAGCCAGGCUGCCCAGGUUGACCUCAGGCUUGGCCAGGCACCCCAGAUAUGGAGGAGCCAAGGUCCUUGGCAGGGUCUGGCUGUCCUCACCACCUCAGGGAAGCCCCUCAGGUCUGCGGCCCGUCAGUGUGGAGUGCUAGCCGCAGGAUGGUUAACAGGCGAGAUACGAAGAAGCAGGUGGGGGUGAGCCCCUCACAUUCUCAACACAGCCCCCUAACUACUGACUGUUCCUCUGAUUGCCACAUGACCCACCGUGUGUUCAGCAGCCUGUCGCUGAGUUCUGGGGUGGCCAGGCUCUGUGGUGGGCACCAAGCUGCCCUGGCUGUCAGCUCAGAGGCCCUGCUUAGGGCUCAGUGACCUCAGCAGACUCAAGCAUUUGUUGAAGGCAUGAAAAAUAAAUGCUGUCCACAUGUGGCUUGAGACUGUGGCCUCCUCUAGCCCCCUCACCCCAGGAUCCCCUAGCAUAUGGUCCUGAGUCAUCACCCUGCACGGAUGCGCACGAAAUCACCCACCUGGAGAUGGACGCUCACGGGGCCAGGGAGAGCGGCCCAAUAGCGGCAGAGCCAGCAGCCAUGGUGGCCCCUCCGUCCUCCCCAACCUGUGCUGAUUGGCACCCUUGCCCUUCCUCUCAAGUGCCUCCUUCCUCUCCUGCCCCCCAGUUCUCCUGCCCUCCUGGCCUAUGCACUUCGCAGCAAGAUGCCCACCUCUGCUCCCUUCCCAGGCUCCUACGAGAUCCCUUGAGCUGAGUGCGGAGGCAGCAGCUGAUGUUAGGGUCUUGGCUUUUGUUUCU